AUGGCUUUAAGCAACGAGGCCAUUCUCACCGAAUGCCCCAACCCAAACUCCCUCGUCUUCAGCGCAACGUGGUAUCACCCCACCGACUGCGCCAAGUUCACCAUCUGCUCAAGAUGUUUCGAGGACCAUAUUCGCCAAACACCAUUUGCCUCUCGGUUCCCGGCGGAGCGACUCGAGCCAAGGCCGGACCGGGCUUGUCUGUUUAAUACGGAGAGAAUGCGUAUAUUGUGGUCUUCUUUGAAUACAAAUGGAUGGGAUUCUGUGCAUCAGUAUAUGCUUCACCGGGACACGAUUCCCAAUUGUCAAAAGAAAGAAGGCGUCAAGGCUGGAGUUCCUGGGUCUGAUCAAUGGUAUAAACUCCGGAAUGGCGAAAUCCCAGACUUUGCAUGCUGUGUAGCGUGCUACGAAGAUGUCGUUUGUGCAACUCCUUUUGCUGAUAGGUUUGUGUUAUCUCCGAGUGAUCUAGAAGGCAAUAACAAUCAAGGGCAGGUGGUGAUGAUAUGUGACCUGUCAGUCAAGUUCAUCUACCGCGCACUCAUUGAACAGGCGUCACGCCACGACUGGAACACAUUCACAACCUGGGCAGCCGCAAGACUCAGACUUCCCGCGUGCGAGAGUUUGAGGUCGCUGAAGUGCUCCUCGACGAUCUGGUACAUGCCCAAUCCGCCGUUGUAUGGAGUUUUCGUCUGCGGCGCAUGUUUCCACGACGGAGCAGACUUGACCCCAAUGGCGGGCGGUUUCUUGCAAGCUCAAAUCCCGCUUGAGAAAGCUGAUGAGGUAUGGGAAUGUGUCAAUUCGGCGUCUGUCUUGCCCAUGGCGGUGGCUUGGUCUGCGGCGUGUAAUCGGAAGAAUCUUUCGCUCUGGUAUAAUGCAGCCCGGGAAAUUUCAAACUAUCCGCCUUGCACAAAAGAUGGGAUUCAGAAUGGGAUUUGGUAUUCCAUGUCCGGAUGUCCAGAAUUCAAAAUUUGCGGUCGUUGUUUUGUAGGAAUCAUCCAUAGUCAAGGCGAUGUGCUAGCCCGGCAUUUCCAUCAACAACCAGCCACAGAUGGCUCGGCAUAUGUCUGCGAUUUCUUCAUAAACAAGACAAAAAGAACUCUACGCUACUUUGAAAAACUCGACGAGGCCGUCACGCUGGCCAAGGGGCAAAUAUUCCACGACUUCAUCGCGCGCGUCUCGCCGCAACCACCCUGUCCAACCGACGGCACCAGUCGAAAUCGGCGCUGGUACUGCAGCAUCAGCGACGAAGACGACGGCGGAGCCACCAUCUGCGAGAGCUGCUACGAAGAAGCCAUUCGCGGAACGACGCUGGCCAACAGACUCACUCUGCGCGAGCGUGCCGAUGAGUGUUUCUGCGACGCUUACUCGCCACGCAUGCGCGGUAUCUGGGGCCAGGCGUGCGCCAGCAAUGAUAUGACGGUGUUUGGGCGCGCGUUGAAGGAGCGAAUGCAGGUGUAUGCCAUGACCGUACCGCGCAUGCGCACCAUUCUGGAAGUGGCAAAGAUGCGUAUGAAUACGCAGAGUACCCUGAUGCUGUCGUCGGUUAUGCUUCAGGGCGCGGACAAUCUUGUUUCGGCGUCGAGGCCCGUGGGAAUGCAGCAUGAUAUGUAUGGCAACUCGCAGAUUGGAUAUCACUGGGAAACGGCGGCAGGGGCUCAGGGUGAGAUGCAGUUUCGCCAGGCGACGAGUAUGGGGAUUGCGCAGACCGGGGAUAUGGCAGAGAUGGCACAGUUGGGGGCGCUGUGGAGGCAGUAUGAGUAA